AUGAGUUCGCAUUAUUUUGUUUUCGAUGUGUCUGGUCAAGCGCACAAGAACCGUCUGGAACGGGUAGCGGAGGAGUUGAUGGGCCGUAGGAGAUGGAAGCAAUACCAGGACACCCUGUACAGCGGCACCCGCAGCAGCGAAUCACAGCCCCACCAUCGGCUUUACCCGGCGUUGUCGUCGUCCUGCAACCCGAUACCCGGGAGCCUGGACCAGAUUGGGCCGCAGCUGCAUCAGCCGGCACCCACGUCGUUGCCGUCGACGGUGCUGACGACGGGGACGACCACGACGACGACGACGACGACGACGACGACCGGCGCGGUGAAGCAGGAGAGCCUGCAGAGGCAUCAUCCGCAGAACCAUCAUCACCAUCUGCCCGCGCCAGCCCAGGACCAUCAACAGCAGCAGGAGGAUUCGCGUCGUUUGAGGCCGGGCGAAGUCAAGAUCGAGGCCGCCGACGAGGAGCCCACGGACGGCACCGCGGCGCGGGAGGAUACCUCGGCGAGGACGACGGACACGGCGACGUCGACGACGGCGACGACGACGGCGGAAGUGGCGACAACGACAGUAACGGCGACGACCACCGGCAUCGCGACGACCACGUCGACAACGACAACGGCGACCGGCACGACGACGAUAGCGACGAGACGGCGACGCGUUCGCCGGCAAAACGACGGGGAGGACGUCGACGGGGAGGAGGACGGCGACGAGAAGGACGAGGAGACGGGACGGGGCCAGAACGAGGCGGAGAAACGGCUCAAGCUCGACGAGGACGCCGACAGGUCGGCGGUCAGCCCCCUCAGAACGGAGAACGAUCGUGCGACUCGGGAUCAUCCGACUGCCAACGCUACCGACACGGAAGGGACCAAGGAACGAACGGAGGAGAUCGCGUUGGAGCGGGCACCGGUAACGCAGGGCUUACUGAGGGUAAAGAAAGAGGAGGAGCUGCAGGAGAUACCGGGUUCUGGCGGCGGCACUACGAUACUAACGGCGCCGGCGACGGAUUCGGAAGGGACCAGGUCGGGGCUGUUAUGCCGCGACGGGAACGCGACCGCGACGAGCGUCGCGACGCCGUUUCUCAUUGGGAGACGCACGAGUCCGCCGCCGGAGGACUGGAAGCCACUCGACAAGUGUUACUUCUGUCUCGACGGCAAGCUACCCCACGACGACCAGCCGCCCCUUAGCCCGCAGAGCGACAGUAGCAGCAGCUCGCGAUCGGCGGAGUCACCGAUGUCGGUCCAGGUGGACCCGAUGGCGGCGUCCGUGGUCGCCGCCGCCCUCAGCGGCACUUACCCCACCUUGCUGCCCCAGUGGUGCUUACCGCCGAGGGAGGCGCCCCUCGUUGGGGUGCAGACCCAUCAGGACAGCGGCGCGGCGGCCGAUCAACCGCUCGAUCUCUCGGCCAAACCCAGAAAUUCUCAGGACAACAACAUAUCUCUACUGGAGCAACAGAAAAUACCUCUGAGAAUGCCGACAGGCAUCGAUCCCAAGACUAUCCUCAACUCGUGUUACCGCGCGAAACCGCGAAUGACCGGACCGGUUGUGACCGCGGCGGCGGCGGCGGCGGCAGCGGCGGCGGCUGCGGCAGGCGUCGGUGGUGUCCCAGUGGUGGGUGCCGGGGGCGGCAGGAGGACUUACACCGAGGAGGAGCUGCAGGCCGCCCUCAGGGACAUCCAGAGCGGCAAGCUCGGCACGCGGAGGGCGGCGGUCAUCUACGGGAUACCGCGUAGCACUCUGCGCAACAAGGUCUACAAGCUCGCGAUGGAGCGCGAAAGGGACGCGUCCCUGACUAGCACCCAUUCACACCCUCACGAGCCCGGCGCCCCAGCCACCACCACCACCACCAUCACCACCACCACCACCACCACUACUACUACUACAACACCACCAAAUACGACCCAAAACGCCUCCGCGACCACUCCGCCCCCGCAAGUGGACGAGGUGGACGACAAAGAAUUAUCCGGCGCGGAAGAGGAGAAGGAAGUUGAGAAGGCCCUGCUGAAGCCUCUGCUCUCGUUGGAGGAUCUCGUGAGGUUUUCCACGCUCGAGGGGACCGGUGGCGAUUCCCUCAGGAACCUGCUGCAACGGGGACACGAGACAGGCGCCGAGUGGCCGGGACUCGAACACGCGAACAUCGGUCCCUAUAUUCAAAAGAUGUUGGCUGCCGCUGCACCGUUAGGCAUGGAUACGCGAGACUAUCGCAUACCCGAAGUGAUGAGGAAGCUGAUGUGCGAGGACAAGAGGCUGAACAAGAACGUGAACGGAGACCAGUCGCAGCCGCAUCACCAUCAGCACCAUCCCCUCGCCGCGCAUCAGCAGACGCAGUCGCAGCAGCAGCGCGCGCCCAUAACGAAUGACGACUUCAAUCCUAACAUCGAGGAAGAGGCCAGCGACAGCGCUCAGGGCAGAGCGAUACUGAAGAUUCCGUCCUACAAGCCCGCCAGCACGCCGGGCUGUUCCAGCAAGAACGGCGAGCCGACUUCCGCCGCGUUCGCCCAGAGCUUCGCGACUGCCGCCUCGAGUCCGGGUCUCCUGGAGCGAGCUAGUCCAGCGUUCUCCGGCACCAGCAGCCCCACGAAUUCGCUGGUGGGCAAAGCGGUGGCCGUUAAUUUCCGCGACGUCAUCGCCAAGAGUAUCAGCGUCAAGUUCCAAGAGGGCCAGACGCCCAGCGCGGCCGGCAUACCGAGCGGCGUGGUUUCGUCGCAGCAGGCCAUGAUGACUGACCCGAGUCCGUUCAAGAGAGGUCGUUACACACCUCCGCAGCCACCGCAACAGCAAUCGUCGGCGCAGCAACAGCAGCAAAGCAAGCAGCAGUCGCAGGAGGCGAAUAAAUCGAAGCCGGGCACCGGCGGCAAGGGCACCAGACCUAAGCGCGGCAAAUAUAGGAACUACGACAGGGACAGCCUCGUCGAGGCGGUACGCGCAGUUCAGCGCGGCGAAAUGAGCGUGCAUCGCGCUGGCAGCUUUUACGGAGUUCCGCACUCCACCCUUGAGUACAAAGUCAAGGAGCGGCAUCUCAUGAGGCCGCGCAAGAGGGCGGCGGCGGCCGCGGCGGCGAUGCGGCCGGGCGCCGCUGGCGUCGACAAGAAGCCGCAGCUCAAGUCGCAGAAACCGUUCACACCGCCCGGCGGUAUACCCGGUCCGAACGGACUGAAAAUGCCUCCGUUCAUGGAGGGCAUGCCCCACCUGCCAUUCGGACCCUUCAACUUCUGGAACCCGACGCCCUUCAUGCCCUCCCCCUUCAUGGGUGGCGCGCCGAACGUGCCGAUCCUUCCGGAACAAUAUUUCGCGUCGCAGAGAAUGCGCGGAUUGCAGGAGCAACAACGAAACGCCACGAUGGUACAGCAACAGCACCAGCGAGACCGAGACGGGGUUGGCGUGUCAGGGACGGCGGACGCUGCCGGAACUUCCAACUCCCGAAGCGCCUCGAUGGCGAAGGCGCCGCGCGACAUAGUGGAGAGCAUCUACGACGGGCCCGGGGCGAACGGCAGUUUCCUGGACAAUCUGAUCAGGUCGAGCCUCGAGACAGGCAUUCCAAGGGACCAGCGGGCGAUAGCGGAGGCGAGAAGCCAGCAGCAGCAGCAGUCGUCGUCGCAACAUCCGGAAACGAUGAGCAGCAAGACACUGAUCGACCAGCUCUGCAGAAACUCGAGGAGGACCCCGCUGCCGCGAAUGGCGCAGGACAGUAGCGAGGACGAGAGUUAUCGAGGACCAACGGGCAGGAUGGUGCCAGAGAGACCGGAGCGCGUGCCCACGGUCGAUCUCAGCCCCUCACCGUCGGAGAGAGGUCGCACGGAGGACGGCAGCGAUCGGCUGACGUCACCGCCGACGCCUCUGUCCAUCUCCCGAGCGGGUAGCAGGGACGAGGACAGCACGCGUGACUCGAGGAUCGAUCGCAGCAGCAGAGAGCGCGAGGUUCACAACGGCGGCCAAGAGGAUCGCGACCGGAAGCAGCCUCUGAGCUUGCAACAGCAGCAGCAGCAGCAGCAACCACAGCUGAACCACUACCCGGACUUACACAACCUCUACGCCGCGUCAACUGACAAAAAAAGUGCCUGUGAUAGUAAGCUUAUAGUAGAUCAUUCGAGCCAGAAGACUCAGCCGCAGCAACAACAAAAGGAAUACGCUGCCGUGAGCGGGCUGGUCGUGCAACUGCAGAGGGGCUACAACACCGCGAGCAGCAGAUCCGGCGAGCCGACUAACAGCCAGCAGCCGGCGGCGGCGGCGGCGGCGGCGGCGGCGGCGGAGCAGCGCGGCGCCGCGCUCAGCAUGGAGGACUCCGUAGAGUAGACGAAAGUCAGUAUCAGUUAUGAGUAAAGUAUACAGUUACGAAGUACAGUAAAACAAAAGAAAAGACCCAUAUACAGUAAGCCCACAUUCCCGCCCAGAU